UGAUGAUUUCAGUACCAGAGAAAGCAAAUCCGAACAAUUACACAUUUACACAUCUGAUUUCAUUCAAACACACUUUGGAUCCUCUACUCACAAAUACACGCUCAUACAGAAAGGCGUCUGUUCUAACUGACCUGUCGAGCGGGGCAGUGGAGAGUGGCUCUCGUGGUAUGACUACUACAAACAAGGGCAACAAAGCACUGAAGGUGAAGCGAGAGCCAGGUGAAAAUGGCACAAGUCUUACAGAUGACGAGCUGGUGUCUAUGUCUGUGCGGGAGCUGAACCUGCACUUGCGUGGUCUGUCCAAAGAGGAAAUUCUGCAGUUGAAACAGCGGCGGCGUACGCUCAAAAACCGUGGCUAUGCUGCCAGCUGCCGCGUCAAACGUGUCACACAAAAGGAGGAGCUAGAGAAACAGAAAGUGGAGCUUCAGCAGGAGGUCAAGAAGCUUGCCUCGGAAAAUGCUAGCAUGAAGGUGGAGCUUGAUGUGCUGCGCUCCAAAUACGAGGCUCUCCAGAGUUUUGCCAGAACUGUAGCUCGCAGCCCUGUUGCUGCUGCCAGAGGCCCCAUCACAUCUGUCAUAGGGCCCCUCAUACCAGGCAAAGUGGCCGCCACCAGUGUCAUCACAAUUGUUAAGUCCAAAACAGAAGCACGGUCGUAAUGCACAAACAGGGAACAUUUGUAAGUAUAUUGGUCAGCGUAUUCAUCAGACACAGGGUUGAUGAAUGUUAUAUGACAUGGUAAAAUUCAGCAAGAUCUGCUCUGUGACUGUAAAAAUAUAAACAGACAACACUAAAGUCCCUCUGAUGUCAUUUACAACCCUUGUUGUUAAUGAACAACAAUUUUAUCAGCAUAUCAUUAAUAUUACACACUUGAGGUUCACUCAAAAAUUAUUUGAAACAUUUGCCAUGCAGUCACCAUCUUGUUGCACUACAUUUUUUAAGUUGUAAAGUCACAUUGUAACAUUUAUGAACAACCUGUGAUUAAAGACUUGAUGUUAUUUGUCAUCAGUGUUGGGGUAACACAUUACAAGUAAGAGUUAUGCAAUCAGAUCACUUUUUUUAAGUAACUAGUAAAGUAAUGCAUUACUUUGAAUAUACAAUGAAACAUUUUUCUUUACUUUUUCAAAUAAGUAAUUCACAUUUACUUAUUUUCCCAUUAUUUCCCUGACACCUCUCCUGUCCCUGUGUUGAGAGAAUAUGAAAUGCAGAGGAAAUGCCUUCAUCUUGAGGCUUAUUAAUUUCACUUUUGGUGUGAAAGGGCCUUUACACUUGCCAAGAAUAUUACUUUUGGGUUUUUUGCUAUUAAAAUAAAAAAAGAGUAAGCCCAUCCUAGGUGACAAACAGUAACGCAAAAGUAAUAUAAUGCAUUACUUUCCAUAAAACAAUUUUUGUUUGGUUUUUAUGGAGUAAAAUUAAAUUGUAAUUUGUAAUUUUUUUUAAUUAACUUUCCACAUCACUGUUUGUCACUGACUUCCAACCUGAUGCAGUGCAUCUUAUGACACCAAAUUUAAAUAUGUCUAUGCGCUAAGAAUGAGAGAUUGUUAAUGAAUAACUUGAAUUUGAAUGUGUCCCAGAUUUUUUUUUUUUUUUUUCAUUUUUGGGUCUGACUUGAAUUUGAAUGUGUCCCAGAUUUUUUUUUUUUUUUCAUUUUUGGGUCUGGACAGACAUGGCCACUGUAUGCUUUUAUUGUAUUGAAAGGAGCAUGGACAUACUGCUAAAUCUCUCAUUUUUAUUUUUCAUGGGAGAAAGUUAAUCAUAUGGGUUUGGAUUGACACAAGGGUUCAUGUGACUCCAAACGUGUAUGACUAAUUUGAUGAAAUGUCACAAUUUUAAUUUUCUAGUUUUUGGGUUACCUGAGUUAAAGGGAAUUAGCUCCAACUUGAGUUAUCUGUGCUUGAUAUUGUCCACUGAUGGAAAACUAAGUUAUUCAUUAUUCAGAAAUGGCAUCGUUCCCUUAUGACAUAAGGAUCUUGUAAUUCAAUUUUUUUUAGGUAUUCUUUACUGGAGAGGCAAUAAACUACUGUAUUUAUGCAUGGGAUAGCAGAGGCCCUGUUGAGCUGUGUGGCAGGUGAUGUUCAUCUUUUGCAGACAUGAGACAUGAGAAAGCCUUUUCUUAAAGAUAUCGCAGCGAGAGUAGGCAUUUAAUUGUUCUUAGAAAAUAUUUUGAGUUGGUAAACCGUGUUGUUAAAACUGAUCAUUCUAGCUUUGUUGUAGAACUGUAGUUUCGUUUUUCUGUGCUUUGUGUGGAUUGGCUGGUCUCAGUUGAUUUUCCCAAAGCAACCCAAUAUAAACUUUAUUGUUGAAUUGUUAGCAAAUGGUCUCUGAUAUCUAACUCUAGCUACUUUUGUUGUUUUCCUUUACUGAAUAAGAAAACUGAGAAAAAAAAAGUUAUUUAUAUGAACAAAAAAUAGUUUGAUAUCUAUUUUGCAAUUUUACCAAAAGUGGCUUAUUAUUAAAGUCUGAUUGCUUUUCUAGUAAGUAGGCGCGUGCAGUGGGUAGCGCGUGGCGUGCUGUGUAUGUGGUCAGGUGGCAGUGUUGUUCACUGUGUAAGUGUCCAACUGUAUACCUUUAAAUUAAUAUUAUAAAGUAAUCUAGACAGUGUACAGAAGCCAGUCGUUCAUAUCAGCUCCUUCCAUAUCUCUGUAAUGAGGAUGUCUUGCUCUCAGAACAUCUGGGUUUUGUUGAAUGAUACAAUUUUUAGAUUUACUAAAGCUAACUAUAACCAUCCCAAUUUGACCCUUCAUAAUGGUGCAUAGCCAGUGUGCGGUUCUCUUCCAGCAAAGGUGGUUGGGCAAAACACAAUUUAUCCUUAAUGGUUCAGAGCAACAAAAAUAGCAAGACCUGAAUUUAAAGUUGUGGUUCUGUUCCAAAACCUAGUGAACUGUUCAUUUUAAGCAAUCAUAAUGUGCUCUCCCAACAUGACAUCUGUUGUAAAAGACAUCAAAUAGGGAAGCAUGGCAUGGCAUAGAACAAGUGACAAACUCACUGAAAAAAAAAAAACAUAAAUUCGCCCAUCUAUUCUUCA